AUGGAUGAGAGAGGGCGGCGGGUGGCAGGGGGCGCGGGGUGGUGCGGAUCGAUGGGCGGCGGGUGGCGUCAGUCGCGGCCGGCGCGCCGCGCGGUGCUGAGGUGUCGCCCCCGCGCCGACCGCCGGCCGGCGCUAGGCGCCGCUCCGCCGCAGUACCAGGUGUGGGUGUGUGUGUAUUGGACUCACACCGGCGAGUGCCCGUAG